AUGCAGCCAUGCAAAGAACAACAUUUGUCCACGUGCCUCCUCCACACCUCGUUUGAACCGCUUCCAAACAAUUUAAACGACACACCAUCGUUAUCAUCAUCAUCUUCAUCUCACUACAACUCUCCCAAGCGAACCUUAACGGAAACAAAGUUUUGUUACAGUACGAGAAUGUCACCACCACCAUGGGAAGCUCUCAUUCUCGUAGCCACCUACCUUGACCCCAAAACCCUAACCAUAGCUUCAUGCGUCUCAAAGUCAUGGUUCUCUUCCAUGUCCUCCGAUCACAUUUGGAAGCCCGUCUUGACUGCCCACUUCCCCUCUCUGGCCACCCUUUCCUCCGCCGUCGCCUACCGCCGCCUUUUCGCGAUGGGCCACGCCGCUGCGGCACGGCGCAGGCAGAGGCCCCCGAAGCCGAGUCUCUCGCUCGAGGACCUUGUCUUCGCCGUCUCCGUCUCCACCAGCCAUGGUGUCGUGGCUUCCGGCGUGAGAGCCGGUGAUAAACUGCGCAGGGAGGUGGCGGGGGUGUUUCGGUUUGGCGUGGAGUGUGACGGUGGCAACGUUUUGAAGGAGGGAGAGGAGGAGGUGAUGAGGGUGACGUGGAGCGUGGUGCUGAAGGGGUGGGGAGGGGUUUUCACGAUGGUGGAGCGGGAGGGGAAGGUGAGGUUGGUGGGUGGCGGAGAGGGGUGGUUCUGGGAGGAGCUUCCGGUGCCGGGGUGUUGCUCCGGCGCGGUGGCGAGUUCGUUGGUGGGGGAUUUGAAAGUGGGGAUGUGUGAAGAGAAGGGUGGGAGUGGAGUGAGGGUGGAAGAAGUGAGUGUGGGGAUUUUGAGAGUUCUUGAUUGGAGGUAUGUUAGUGUUGAAGAUGGACUUAGGUAUUUGCAACAUUUUCUUCUCAUUAAUAAUGUAACUUAGAUUUGUCAAUAAUAUGUAUAUAUUUUUUGAGGAGAUUUUGAGUUUUUCAA